ACAGGCGGCUUUCAGGAACUGAGCAUUAGUGAAGAACGUGUUGUAGCUGCAGUUCAAACAGCCUAUAAAGAAUACGUAGAAUUUCUACAAGGAAUCAUGAAAGAGCUCCGCCUUCGCCUUGGUGAUAUAAACAAAGCUGAACAAGAAAUUAUUGAGAAUGAAGGAAUACUAUUUAAAAUCCAUUUUGAAAUUGUUUAUGUACCGGCUGGAGAUAUAAUGGAUUGUGAUACAUUAGUACUAGAUAAUCUUAAAAGAAUAUUCGACGUGAAAAAUGUUUCAUGUGAUUGCUGUCGGGAGAAUAAAGUUACAAAUGAGGAUAAUACAAACGGCGUUCACAUAGUUAGUACAAGCGAUCAACGAGUUAUAACUGCAGUUCAAUUUGCCUAUAAUGCAUACACCAAAUUUCUAGAAGGAAUUCGGGAAGACAUUUACCUUGGUGAAAUAAACAAAGCUGAAUACGAGAACGUUGAGAAUAAAGGAACUCUCUUUAAAAUUAAAUUUGAAAUUAUUUACAUACCCGCUGAAGAUAUAAUGGACUGUAAUGCAAUAGUACUGGAAGAUCUUGUGCAAGGAUUUGAUGUAAAAAAUGUUUCAUGUGAUUGCUGCCGGAACGAAGAUGACAUAAAAGUUACAAAUACAAGUAAUGCAAUCGGCUUUAACGACAUGGACUUUACAAACGAAAGUGAUAAAAACAACACUAGCAACGUGACUAUAACUAAAGAGGAUGGUAUAGAGAAAACUAAAGAUGACAUUCACAAUGUGGAUAAUGACGACAUAAGUGUAGUAAUGAGUAAUAAAGGCUGCUUUCACAAACUGCGUAAUGUCGAAGAACGUGUUGUUACUGCAACUCAAUUUGCCUUCGACGAAUUUAUAGACUAUAUAGAAGCAAAUGAGGAAGAUUUUAACCUUGGUGAAAUAAACAAAGCCGAAAGCGAGUUCAUUGAGAGUAAAGGAACUUAUUUCAAAAUUACUUUUGAAAUUGAUUAUAUUCCUAAUCAAGAUAUCAUGGAAUGUGAUACAACAGUACUGCAAAAUCUUGAAAAAGCUUACGAAGUACAAAAUGUUACAUGUGAUUGUUGCUUGGAUCAGUAUGCCUAAGAAACUUCAAAGAGUAACGUACCAGAUAGCACAUAAUUGCUAUUUAUUCUCUGCAACGAAAUCUUUUAACCAAAAUCCGUUUUGCAAGUUGAUUUUAGUUAAUUAGAAUAUAAUAUUUCUUAUAUUUUUUGUAUUUAUGUAGUUAAUAUUUCUUUCAAAAUUAAUUUGCAUGCA